UUUAUUCUUGAUUAUGUUAUAUUAUUAAUAGUUGAUGGUGGCUGGUCGGAGUGGACAGAAUUUAAACCCUGUGAUGCCACUAAAUGUGGGAAUGGAACAAAGAUGUUCAAACGCUUCUGUUCAAAUCCUACGCCAGAGAACGGAGGACAGUUCUGCACUGGCAACAGCAUUAAAAUAGAACAAUGUCAACACAUUUGUCCAGAUGUGGAAAUAACAUGCCCAAAUCACACUGAUGUGUACAUCAACCGGUCAGUUGUGGCAUCUAAAACUGUCUCUUGGGAUAAACCUCUUGUCCGCAACAAGAAAAAUGAUACAAAGUUUUCUGUUGAAGUUUUUCCACCAUGGGCAGAACCACCUGUGAUGCUCCCAGAGGAAAGUCAUGUAUAUGUUAUAAAGUAUGUAGUGAAGAACGAGUUUGGCCAGACAGCAAGUUGCUCCUUCAACAUAUCAGUCUAUAAUGACUCUGCCAAAGCAUGUAAAACAGGGGGCUGCAAUGUGCUGGUAACAGACGAACCAGAGGGUGCAACUCCAUCCACAGUUAAAUCAGGUGUCCUUGUACUGUAUUUGUCUGUGGGACUUGCCUUUGUGAUACCGAUAUUGGCGUUACUCUUUAUGGCAAAUUAUAUGUUCCAUCGAAGAAAGUUGAGUCAGAAGAGUGCAGCCACAAAACAUUAUGAAGGUGUAAAAACGACUGAGACAGACCUUGAAUUGGAUGUUGUCACUCGGUCUGCAUCUUAUAUAGAGCCUGCGGUAGAAUCUGGAAAGCUGAGAGAUGAAUCUCCUAUUGAUUCUGAAGUGUUUGAUUUCCCAGUCCCAAUAUCCUAUGAGAAAGAAGCUCCAAAGACAAUGCAUAUUGAAGUUGAAAUCAUGGAUCAACAAAAGAUGGAAAAGCCUCGUGACAAACAAAGGGCAAACUCUUCUGUCAGCAACAAGUCAACAGUGUCAGAAAUCUCUCGAAUGAUGUGGAAUGUAUCCAACAUCCCAGAAAAUGCCGAUCCAAAAAUGGUGGCAUGGGGACUUGUAGAUCACAAAGGAGGGAAGUUUACGAUAGGUAACACAGGUGUGAGCCUCACUGUACCUCCACUGGCUAUACCAGAAGGUUGCACUGAAGGUAUAUAUGUAGCUAUAGUGGACCAAGAAAAAGAGCAUCCCCAGGUCUCUUCCAAGGAGUCGUUGUUGAGCCCAGUAGUAAAAUGUGGUCCGACUGGACUUAAGUUUCAGCGUCCUGUGAUACUGAGUAUGCCACACUGUGCUCUUCUUGAAGAAGGAGCUUGGAAUCUUAAAGUCCAGUAUAAUGAAAGCGAGCCCAGCACGGCUGCAGACUGGAAGCAGUUGAUUGAUGUCAAUAAGCAGGAUGGCUCCGAGCCUUCCCAUGUUGUAGUGGAAUCGAACAUGGUUCACUUGAUGGUGGAUCAUUUCACUUACUUUGCUCUGACUGGAGAAUCAGCGGCUAAUAAACAGGCCCCUAAAGAUGUGCAAGUUCUGGCUUACGUCACACCUCCCGAGGUCAAUGGGGACUGUGUUGUUAGGGUGUAUUGUGUUGGAGGCACACCAGCAGCAAUAGAGGAUGUACACAAUCAAGAAAUAAAGAAGUACAGAGGAGAAACGAUCGAGGCACCUAAACAACUUCGCUUUAAGGAUGGGGGAGGAGAUCUGAUUGUGGAACUUAAAUCUGUUCGUCCAGGCUGGACGAGCGAAGACAACGUUAAUAAAAUUCCUUUCCGAGACAUUUGGGAAGGUAUUCAGCGCAUGCCCAACUGCACAUUCGUAUUCUCCUUGUCGGACACAAGUGUGUCGCACUUUCGUGCAAAAUUUAAAGCGAGGCAGGAUUGUGAAGAUGGCGAGGAACGAGAUGUCAACGUGGUAACGUCAGUCAAACAAAGACCCAGCGAAAACCCAGGCCCAGUUGGGGAAGGAACGAACCAUUCUACCGCUAACCUGACUUGUGCGUGUGAACACUCGACAAACAUGCCUAAGGCUGCAAGUUCACCAUGCUUAGUGGACCAUUCCACUGCGCUAGUCAAUGCUGGUUCACUGACUAAACUUUGGCAACGUUCGCAAGCGGACGUGCCUGGAACAUGUGGCGGGAACGCUGCUGCGUCCCCAGUCUCCUUGAAACAAAUGUCUUCUGGUUACUUCUCUGUUGGUUUCGAGUCACUACCGACUGCACACUCACUGAGUCGCGAGCUACGCAGUAAGCUUUCUGUAAUUCUUGAUCCUCCACACGAAUACGAUUGGAAAGUUCUGGCGGAAAAAAUCGGGCUGAGUUAUACAGACAUUCGAUGGAUUGAGAGUAGGAACGCUUUUUCUCCAACAGAAAUCCUCUUUAAUCUCUGGGAAACGAGAGACAGUUUGAAACAUCAAUAUCCUCUCGAAAAAAUGGCGGACAUUCUUCAGCAGAUGGGAAGAGAUGACGCAGUUGAGAUUAUUGAGGGUCAGCUUCAUGCGCGGAAAGAAACGACAGUUUAACUCGUAGCCGAGAACCGGAAUUCUCCUUUGGUGGAGCUUUCAAAGGAAACAGGCACUGUCCAGGAACUAUUGACAAGUAGCCGAAGAUCUUACGACUGAAUAACUUGCAGAGCUUGCUCCAAGUUCAAUUUUAGUAUGACAACGCCGUGAUUCGCAGCAUAGCUUGGCAAGGUGCAGUUACCCGGACGUUUCCGAAGUUGUUCAAAGAUGGUUUGAUGACCUGCCUUCAGUAAUUUCCUUCGUUCCGAACGAUUCUCCGAAGCAUUCCAGAAAAUAGCCGUCUAUAACGACUCUGCCCGCGACCAGCAAAAGUAACUGUAGUGUUACCGAUAGUUCAAAUCAGUCCCCGGAUGGAGGUUCUGGUGAAUAUUUUGACAUAGCCAGAUCAUGGCUCUAUGAAAACGCGAACUUUUUUCCUCUGACCGCAUACAGUUUUUUCAGCAUACUCACCUUCUAAAAACUUCCAGAGCAACUUGUUUUAUUCAUAAUUUUAUCCAGGCACAGUUCAACAUAGACGGAGAUUUUAUUGGUCUAACUUAUCCAGAAUUUCUCAUCUUACAUUUAAGGGCAGGACCCUACGUGUCGAAAGUUUCAGUGAAACCAAGGCCGGGUUACUAAGUAACCUACGCGGACCUUCGUCUGGCUCGUCACGUUCAAAGUAUCUUGUUAGGUGAAAGUCGAUUAAAUCAGUGUUUUGUUUAUAGUCGUGACUGGCUUCAAACCGUUUUUCACAGCUCAUUUUGAUUUUACAGUUUGACAUGGUGGAAUGCUACUGAACAAUGAGACGCUAGACAAAAGUCUUGAAAAACUGACGCAAGUCCUGUGGGAUUGCCUUCGUUAGACAAUCUCUUAGUUUUCGAGUUGGUUAGUGUUUCUUUAAAGAGGCAAUCUUUUAAAACCAAACUUGAAGUAAGUAGUUCGCUUUUAAAGCACGCGCGAUCCUGGUUCCCCUCGUGAUUUUGUUUACGACAAGGAUAAAGUUAUAUUUAUUUUUAAGUUUAUUUUUUAUUUUAUAUAAGUUAUAUUUCAGUACUCAUUAAGAUGUCUGCAAGUUUCUUUUAAAAGUGAAGUAAAUAAGGGACUAAAAUCCAGGACACAAACAGUAACAACUUGUUAGGGACAUAGAAAUCAAGAUUGCUGUAAUCCGGCUUACAAAGCUGCGACGAAUUAAGCUAACUAAGUUAUGGUUGUAUCACUGAAUGAAAUUAAGUGUAAAACGUCUAAAAAGUUUAAAGGUCAAAUUUCUCAAAAAAUCUUUCGAAAAUACUUGUACGAAAUACUUGUUAAAAAAAACCACUUCGAAAUAGAUAUUGUAGAGUAUAUCAAAUAAAAAUCUUGACCAAGUGAUGUUGAAACUCGA